CAAAGAGGUUUAACACGAAACGGCGUCGUCUGGUCUGGGCAGGCUUUCGAUUUGGAGGAAGAAAAGAAAGAAGAACGGGGCCGGGACGGGAAUCGUCGUCCCUCACUCCCACCAACACCAAGUUCGUUCGGAGCUACCUAAUUGGAUUCAAUUCCUCCUCGAUCUGUUGCUCACGAGAAUCCCACAUGCUUCGACGAAUCUACAGAGGCUUUUUUAAUUAUACCCAGUGAAGAAAGUAGAAGGAUCGAUCCAGGAGGGAAGUGAAUCCGUCACUGUACUCAUGGUGUCGUACGUGACCGCGUUGGCCUACGGCGUCGGCGGAAUAGUGGUCGCCGGAGUCGCAUUGCUCGUCGCCUUUCAGGAGAAGUUAGUCUACGUUCCAGUCUUGCCUGGCCUCACCAAAUCGUAUCCGAUUACUCCUGCUCGCCUCCGCCUCUUCUACGAGGAUGUCUGGCUCACUUCCUCCGACGGCGUCCGCCUCCAUGCCUGGUUUAUAAAGCAGUUUCCGGAUUGUAGAGGCCCAACUAUUCUCUUUUUCCAGGAAAAUGCAGGAAAUAUUGCUCAUCGUCUUGAAAUGGUUCGGAUAAUGUUACAGAAACUAAACUGCAAUAUAUUUAUGCUUUCCUACCGAGGUUACGGAGCUAGUGAUGGAUUUCCUUCUCAACAUGGUAUCAUAAGGGAUGCACAGGCGGCACUAGACCAUCUAGUUCAGAGGACCGACAUUGACACUUCCAGAAUUGUGGUCUUUGGAAGAUCACUUGGGGGAGCUGUUGGAGCUGUUCUUACACGGGAUAACCCAGACAAGGUGCCUGCAUUAAUAUUGGAAAACACUUUCACAUCCAUACUGGACAUGGCUGGUGUUCUGUUACCAUUUUUGAAGUGGUUUAUUGGAAGAUGCAAUGUAAAGGGUCCCCGGAUUCUAAAUUUUCUGGUUCGUUCUCCAUGGAAUACCAUUGAUGUUGUUGGUGAGAUCAAACAGCCAAUCCUUUUUCUAUCAGGAUUACGAGAUGAAAUGGUACCACCUUUGCAUAUGGAGAUGUUAUACGCUAAAGCAGCUGCACACAACCAGCAGUGCACAUUCGUCCAAUUCCCCACAGGCAUGCAUAUGGAUACAUGGAUGGUUAGUGGUGAUCGCUAUUGGAGAACAAUACAAGAGUUUUUCGAAAAAACUGUGCCAGAAAAUGUGGAUAACUCUUCCAGAGAGGGUAAGAUAUUGCAGCAAGGUGAUCUCCAGGGAUCAAGAAUAUAACUCAUCAUUCGAUUGUUGUAAAUCUUUGCAGCAACCAAAAUGUCAUCCGGUUAGAUUAGCCGGUCAAAUGCGCAGAGUUCAGGUAAUCUAAAAAUUUGUUGCCUUUUGGUGAUGACCUUGGAAUAUUGUAAUGUUUUAUAACUUCGAUUGCAUAAUUGAGUUGUCGAAAAAAAUCUGGUAUUUAUAAGGGAGAUAGAGGAUUCUGAUGGAUUGCUUAUAUAUACCUUUUCAAGGGAUUUUGGUUGCCUACAUAA